CUGCUAUGUAGUGAUAAGGAUAUUGUGUAUUGGAUGUUAAUGUAAAGUUCGGAUACCUAUGUCAAGCUACAUGUGGGAUAGCACAACUUAUAUGCUGUAGUUUUUACUAUAAUUCUGUGUUCACUCACAAGAGGUACUGAGUUUUUGAAGUAUAUUUUCUUGUUUUAAUCUGCAAAGGUUCGUUGUCUUGUCGCGGAGUUUCGGUUUUGCCCUCUAGGAUGAUGCCAGUUACCCUAUUUAAUGCGGUUCUCAGAAAUACACUUACCCAAUUCAUUAAGACAUCAACAAUCAGAGACAUCAAUCCAGCUGUUGUUUCAUCUAUUCAAUUGAAACGUCACUUCCAUGUAUCUACUGUCCGAAACGAUAUUGAUCAGGCAGCCAAAUACAUUGGUGCUGGCGCAGCUACUGUUGGAUGCGCUGGAUCAGGUGCUGGCAUCGGGGCUGUAUUUGGAAACUUGGCAUUGGCAUACGCAAGAAAUCCUGGCCUAAAGCAGCAACUAUUCACUUACGCUAUUCUCGGUUUCGCUCUGAGUGAAGCAAUGGGUCUGUUUUGCCUGGUUAUGGCGUUUCUCAUAUUAUUUGCUUUCUGAAGACAUUUAUAUCUUGUAUCUAGGCUUGUUUUCGAUCACAAUCAAAUUGUUGGUCCAUAUAUGGACGUGAGUCAAUUGUGCAGAUGAUAGACACUUAUAAUACUAGCGAAAUAAAUUGUUAUAGACUUG